ACGCAUCGUAAACAGGACUGGCGCGAUCUAACAGCUGUCAAUUGUCUCUCGGUCGUCCACAUGUGCGUACGCUCGUCUGGCAGCAAAAGCGCGACCACCAGCCCAGUAAGAUCCCAGCUGCCCAGUUUCGUCUAGGGCUGGAGUAAUCUGUUGCCAAUAGUGUGUGAGUGUUCCGUGUGUGCCGUCUGUGUGUGUGUCCCGUGUGUCUGGUGCCUGCAAUUGUAGGCAGUUCUUGAUCGUUUGGGGGAUCGUGUGUGCCACUGCAGUGAGUGAAGCAUAAGUGAAGUGUUUGUGGAAAGCUGGACCGAUAAUCCUAAGACCCUAAGAAUGCCUUCGGAAAAGCGCGUUAGUCAACCACGGAUCGUGCGAACGUACGAGUUCCCGACGAAACCCGAGAAGCAAACACUUGGCCAGUAUCUCUACAACACGCAGGAUGGCAAAAUUAUGGGCAGGACAGCGAAAAGCUGGGCCCAACUUAUGCUGUUCUAUGCCUGCUUCUACACCGUACUUGCCGCCCUCUUCGCCAUCUGCAUGCAAGGACUUCUGGUCACGCUAAACCAUCAAUAUCCCAAGUGGCAGCUGGAUGAGUCCCGGAUCGGCACGAACCCCGGUGUCAGCUACCGUCCCCAGCCGGAAGAUGCGGAAAGUUUCAACUCCAUUCAGUACGUUGCCGCCAACAAAUCGGACGUGACGAUGUGGGUGAACAUGAUCAACGAUUUUCUCGCACCGUACGCGGACCAUACACUGCUACCCGGUGGAGGCAAGAACCAGGUGAUCUGUGAUUUCAACACACCACCGUCGCGUGGAAAUGUGUGUGCCUUCGAUGUGAAGAACCUUGGCCCAUGUUCGGCAUCGGCAGGAUACGGCUACAACCGAUCGGCGCCUUGCAUUUUCAUCAAGAUCAACAGAAUUUAUGGCUGGCAGCCCGAAUUCUACGAAGAUGUCGAUGAUCUUCCCACCGAGAUGCCCGACGAUCUAGUGUCCCACAUCCGAUCGCUUCCUGCUCCCGAUCGCCGCCAGGUGUGGAUCACCUGCAAGGAACUUACCAACAGCGACGAAAACCAGCUCGGCCCGGUCGAAUACCUGCCGAGCCAAGGUUUCCCAGCGUAUUACUAUCCGUACAUGAACAUCGACGGCUAUCUAAGCCCACUGGUGGCGGUACAUCUUGCCCGCCCGAAGCCAAAAACGACCAUCAGCAUCGAGUGCCGCGCCUGGGCGAAAAACAUCAUAUACCGUGGAGGAAGCCGCGACCGAGCGGGUUCGGUGCAGGUAUCGCUGCGUAUCGAUUAGAUAGCGAUGCGGUCGAAUCCCACCUGGGAGGACACUGAAAAGCGAAACACCCGUACCUUCCCCGUGCGACAAUGUCGAAUCGUUGUUUUCUUUUCCUUACCUUCUUUGUUAUGCCGAUUCGUGGUACAUAGCGGUGGAUCAAACUUAGCCCAGGGGAGGGAUAAACGUACAACGUGAAAUUGAAUAGGAGGUGUCACAAAUGCAGCAUAGAUACAAUCAGCGAAAAAUCAUCGUCCUUCACCCAGCCACGAGUGGCUCACGCCGCCACGCCACACCAUGUGCUAUGAAAGAGUUUACUUAAACGUUUUAGUCAAGUGAGAAAAUAAUAAAAGAAAGUAAAGUAAAGUAUGGAAAUACACUAAUAAGCGGUUAAUUUAUGUACACAAUAAGUAGCGCGAACGCACGAGAAACGAGCAGCGACCGUUUGAAAGCAAGCGCAGUUUGAACGUGAAAUAUUUCACGCAUACAAGCGAUGAAAAGUUUCAUUCAAAACACCGAAGCUACCACGUGAGCGCUUCUUGUUCGUUUUCGUUCGAGGUUUUAAGAUUAUAAAUCCGUUGUACUUUUAAACGUCGAUAAGAAUAGUUUAGCACAAAGAAGAACUUAUAAAGCUUCCAUUAGUACCAUAAGAAAUCGACUUACAUCGCCGUUUUCGUUUCGGUUUUGUGGAAUUGGUUUGAGGGUUUAUUUCGGUCUUAGUUGGUUUAGUUUGUGAUAGGCGAGAAAAUCUAUAUAGUACUGGAAAUAGAUACGGUUUGCGCUACUGUUACACCACCUUCGCGUA